CUGCGAAAAGAGAGAGGGAGGGAGGAGAGUACUGAGCUGAGAGAAAUCUGUCAGAUUCAAACACACUGCUCUCUGUGUGUGAUAGAUAGAGAGAAAGAGGGAAGAGAAGAGGGGAGGAGAGCUGAGGAGCAGACAGAAAGGGACAGCAGAGGACUACAAAGUGAGGUUCACCUAUGGAGCAGCGCUCCCGUCAGAAACCCAGGGGAUUCCAUGGACACAUCGACCUGACCGACGUCCCCGCCGAGCACGGACUGUCAGCGUUGAUGCAGACGUGCUGUGUACAGCUGUAGAGGGCAAGGGCGUAGAGUUGAAAGGUCGCAGACUAAGCAGCAGGAGAAAGGGCUGAAAGAUUUAAAAGGCUAGAUAGCGAGGACUGGAGAGGAAGCAGGGUUCAGGAAGUGAGGUUUAAGUGACGGUCGAGAAUCAAAGGGGUCAAAGAUGAUGACAUCACACGGAAAGCUAAGGAGGGAGAAGGGAAGUCUGGCCGAGUACGAAUCACAGGUCAAAGACUUGCGGGCCCAGCUGGCGGACCAGGUGAAGAUUUUAGACUCUCAGGUGGAAGUGAAACAGCAGCAGCUAUCCGACCUCUCUGAGUUCCUCCGGCGCCGUGGCGACAUCGAGGCCGAAUACGCACGAGCCCUCGAUAAGCUCACUGAGAGGUUCACCCACAAGACUAAGAAGAAGGAGCAGUGGGGUCAGUCGGUGUGUCAGGUCUGGUCUGUUUUGCUGACUCAGACUCGUCUGGAGAGCCGGGAACACGCAGCGCUGGGUGACACCUGCUGCAACACACUCACACAGCGGCUGGCGCACAGCACCGAGGACACACACCGCCUGCACAAACGGAGCAAAGAGGUUGGCAUCCAGAUGCAGGAUGAGCUGCUGAAGGUCACCACUGAACUGCAAACGGCUCUGAAGACGUACAACCAGUACCACACAGACUGUCUGACAGCUGAGGGGAAACUGAAGGAAGCCGAGCGAUUGGAAGAGAGACACACCGGCAAGUCAGCUGACCUCGGCCUCCAAUCAGGAGGCCAGAGGCGGAGUUCCGUCAAGAAGAUGGAGAGACUGAUGGAGAAGAGGCACGGCAGAGUUCAGGAGACCCAGCUGAAGUGUACCAAGGCUCGCAACGACUACCUGCUGAAUCUAGCCGCAGCCAACGCCGCCAUGAACAAAUACUACCUGCAGGACAUCAGCACUCUCAUUGACUGCUGCGACCUGGGUUUCCAUCUGUCCAUUGAGAGAGUGAUGAGGUGCUACCUGGCCAGUAAGUCACGCAUCCAGAAGACGGAGGAGGCGGGGCUUAAGCAGUUGGAGGCGGCGGUGACGUCGCUGGACCAGGGCGGAGACAGGGACGCGUUGCUGCAGCAGCAUGACACUGCCUUCUGCCUGCCGUUCAGAUUCAACUACCACCCACAUGAAGGAGACCAGGUGUGUGAAGUGAGUGCUGAGAGCCAGGUGAGGUACGAGCUGGAGACCAGGUUCCAGCAGCUUCAGUCUCGACUUGCUGCCGUUACCUUGGAAACAGAGGAGGUCAGUAAAACACUCAAAGCCACGCUCACAGCCCUGCUGGAAAAUAUCUGUGACAGCGACUGUAACCCCACCCCUGACAUGCCCAGCAGCCUAUCACACGAGCCCCCAGGAGGAGGCACCGCCCCUAAACUCACCCUCGCCAAGCGCCGAGCCAAUCAGCAGGAGACAGAGACCUACUAUUUUACAAAAGUGAAGGAGUUCCUCACCAGCAGUUCUCUGACCUCCAAACUUCAAGCCAAACAUGACCUUCUGCAUGAUGCCAUACAGAAAGCUGAAGCAGUCGACAGCGACCCUUCAAGAAUGCAAUGUGCUCGGUCAGUGCGUGUUCGGAAGUCCAGACCCGUUUCCCAAUUCUGCCACACACUCUUCACCACAGACAUGCUCACCUACAUUCAGAGCUCUGGGCAGCAGAUUCCUGUGGUGGUUGAAAGCUGCAUCCGUUUCAUAAACCUCCAUGGCCUCCACCAUGAAGGGAUAUUCAGAGUUCCUGGGUCACAGAGAGAGGUGAACCACAUCAGAGACGCCUUUGAGAGAGGAGAGGAUCCUCUGUCAGACAGUGAGUGUGACCUGGACUCUGUGGCCGGUGUGUUGAAGCUCUACUUCAGGGGCCUCGAGCCUCCACUCUUCCCUUACGACAGCUACUCUCAGCUGCUGGAGUGUGUCCAAAUCGAGGGGUUGACAGAGAAAGCUUCCCAGAUUAAGGCGAUUGUCUCCUCCUUCCCACGGCCUCUCCUCAUUGUGAUGCGUUACCUUUUUGCUUUCCUCAAUCAUGUGUCCCAGUAUAGUGAUGAGAACAUGAUGCAGCCGUACAACCUGGCUGUGUGCUUCGGUCCGAGCCUGCUGAGGGGGACCGAGUCUGGUGACGCUGUCGCCAGGCAGCCACAGGUCAACGACUUGGUCAAGACCAUGAUCCUCCAGCAUGACAGCAUCUUUCCUAGCCAAUCAGAACUGCCGGGGCCUGUCUAUGAGAAGCACAUGACCCUGGAGCAGGAGUACUGUGAGCCAAUCACAGAGGAGGGAGAUGGAGAGGCUGAGCAUUUGCACAGUGAGGAUGAGUGGGAGGCAGUGGCCAUGUUUGACUACGUUGCGAGAUCUCCCGCUGAGCUGUCAUUCAAGCAGGGAGAGCUCCUCAUCCUCCACAGCAAGGCCUCGAGCGAUUGGUGGAGAGGAGAGGUGGGCGGGGUGAAGGGCCUAAUCCCUCACAAGUACAUCAGCGUGCUGGAUGGGUCAGAGCGAGGGAAAAGGGAGGAAGGAGGAGGAGGUGGAGGAGGCAGCACUGGAAACCUGACAGUAGAGGAUUCACAGACGGAGAAUACAACUCGGAUGCGGGUGAAUAGCGACAGUGCUUCGUUGCCAGGGAGACAGAGAGGAAGUGAAGGGAGCCCCGUCCGAAAGCCUCCAACCUCCCCUGCCACGCGUCACCUACCAGGGUCCCAGGAGCGAAGACACACUCUGGACAGUCUGAGGCAGGGCGGCUUCAGACCCCUAGACAGGCCUCCACCUGGAGCCACAGACAGACCACCGAUGGACAAGGAGAUGAUCAGUCGUCAGAUGAACUCUGUGUUUAAGGAGCUCCUGUCUCGCCAGCCUGCUCUGCAGCCCAACACCGCCUCCCCCGCUCCUCCUGCCUCUUCCUCCUCUUCCUCUCUUGCUCAAGCCACCCCCGCUGCCAAAAAAGGGGGAUUCGGCCUCAGAGGGCGGGCCCUUUUCAGACCAGUGGACCAAUAGAGAGAGGAGGAUGACUGUGGAAUUACUGAUUGAUUGAUUGAUUGAUUGAUGCAUUUGAUGAAGAUGUUGAUUUAUUUUUCUGACACGUGUGUUAUAUUUGCUCGUCUCUGCCAUCUCAUAGUGCCACUAGUCUCGGUGCCGUAUUACAGUCUGUCCAGUGUGUCUGUUUUCCAGCUGGAUUUGGUCUCUUUCUGUUCUGAUUGGUUUUGUUCUUCAGGCUUUUCGCAUAUUUUUGGGAGAAUCAGGGAUGUUGCAUCACCAGUGAUAUCACCAGACUGACAUUUAGACAACUGGUCGCCAUGGUAGCUACAUCAACAACAACAUGAAGGAGAAAUUUCACUCGACUUAAGCUGCCCCCUAGUGGCAGGUCUAAGAUCAGCUCACCCUUCUGAAUCCCUAUACUGUAUUUUCAAAAAAAAAAAGAAAGAAAGAAAAGAAAAGAACAACUGAUCUGGGGCCUGUGUCUAGGAGUGCCUUCACAUCUUUUACUCUUCACAUUUGUGUCACUUGGGAAGGCCUAGUCGGUCAACACUUCUCGGCAUAGUCAGUGUU